CAUUUCCAAGCCCCACCUCAGCUUCCUGCCCAGCUCCGUGGUCCCCACCAGGAGCAAUGUGACCCUACAAUGUAUAACAUUCAUGCUAGACGCAAAAUGCACUAUUAAAAAAGAAGGUGCUGAUUUGGACCCCAGGAGACUACACAGUGUGCCACACGGCUGGAUAUCUAAAUUACAUUUCAUUAUGGGAUGGCAAGGUGGAACGGACUUCCACCUCAUAGAGAUACAGCAGAGCGACGCUGGAUGCUACACUUGUGAAUGCCAUGAAAAUGAGAGUCGUGAUGUACUGUCCAGCGAGGCGGGUCUAUUAUUGGUCACAGGACGCUUACCUAAACCUUCCCUCCAAGCCCAGCGGCAGAGCAAUGUGGAGGUGGGAGGGAAGGUGACCCUGCACUGUCAGAAGCCGGAUAAUGUGACUGAAUACAAAAUGUUCAUGCUACUGAAGGAAGGAACUUCAUCGCCUGUUCGGGUUCAGAGUUCAGAAAGGAGGACAGUAGACUUCUCACUUGAUGGUCUGACAGCCAGGAACUCGGGCAACUACAGCUGUGUCUACCACCAGCUAGGAGCCCCCUUCUGGGCCUCAUACCCCAGCGAUCACCUUGAGAUCUUGGUGUCGGACCGGAACGUUGGCCAAACAGAAAAGAGAAGUAACGAUUUGCUUCCCAAACCUAGCCUCAGUGCUUGGCCCGGCUCAGUGGCAUCCGAAAAUAGCAACGUGACACUGCGAUGUGUGAGUCCCAUUCCGGACAUAAAACUUGUUCUCAGAAAGGGAGGUGUCACUUUGGAUUCCAGGCUUCCGCACCAUUUGACAGAGAGGACGGCUGAGUUUCGUCUGACUAACCUACAGCAGGGGGAUGCUGGAUAUUAUACCUGUGCGUACUACAGGAAGGACUCCCCCAGUUUAAUCUCAUCUUCCAGUGAUGCCCUCUUCCUACUGGUCACAGGGUACUUGCCUAAGCCUUCCCUCCGAGUCCUCCACUCGGGCCGGAUAACCACCGAAGAGAGGGUGAGCCUACAGUGUGAGAAGCCACACAACCUGACAGAGUACAAAGUGUUCGCUCUGCUAAAGGAGGGAGCUCCGUCCCCCAUACAGCUUCUGACGUCCGACAACGACACGGUGGGAUUCAUCCUUCAGAAUGUGACAGUCAGUGAUGCGGGAAAGUACAGCUGUGUGUACCUUGAGACGGAAGCCCCUUUCAGGGCCUCACAUCCAAGCGACCAUCUGGCUAUCUCAGUGGCAAUUUACAUGAAUCUCAGCAUUGACAUGCUCAAGUCAUCUCAAUAUGAAGCCUGCAAGCUCAGCGUUAGGCCUUUCGGAAGUUACCUGUGUCCGGCCUGA